UUCGACAGCCGCCGGGCCGAGGCCUUCGCCUGGCUCUCCUUCGCUGCACUACUUCGCGCGGCCGCGGCGCCUGCGGGCUGGCUCGCACUCGGACACAACUUUUUGGGGUUCGGAUGAUAUCGCCGCCCCUCGCUAUCCCGGGCCGGGCGCCGGGCCCUCUUCGCGGCGCGCCCGCACAGGCGCGGCCCGGUCUUUGUGGAGUCCGCCCAACACCGGCCGGGUCCGGUCUGGGUCGGUGUCUGGCACCUCCAAUCGCCCGACUUCAUGAGACAGGUGUGUCUUCAU